UAUCCGCACAAAUCUAUAUUUUAACCAUGAAAUGGUGAAAAACAUCGCUCUUGUAGCCUAUGUCUCUCAAGAGAAAAAGGCCGAGUGAGCCGGUGAGGGUGGAGAAAACGGCAAGAAGGGGAGGGGGUGAGAGACUGGAGCCAAUAGCAUCUGACGUCCUGCCGAAUUAAAAAAAAAGCGUGAAAAAAGCGACUCUAGAAAAGCGCGAGAAGGGGAAAACGACAGGAGGCAGCCAGACAGCAAGCCGGGUCUGAGGUUGGCUAGUCAGUGAAUGCAAAAAACAUCCCUUACAAUAGCUUGAGGCUGGGGGGCGAAUGAGAAAAUAAUCGAUCGCAGCAUAUUGAACGUACAGGGAGACUAUACCGUCUUUCUCUUUACUACGCUUACAAGGAUACCCAGAUGGACAACAGAACCACCUCAGAAGACAAACCUGUCCAGCGCUCCAAGUCUUUCAGCUUUAAGACGCCGAAGGAGCUUUGCCAGUCAUGUGAGAAGACGGUGUACCCCAUGGAGAGACUGGUGGCCAACAACCAGAUCUUCCAUGCCACCUGCUUCUGCUGCAAGCACUGCAACACCAAACUCAGCUUGGGCUCGUAUGCCGCCCUUGCAGGAGAGUUCUACUGCAAGCCCCACUUCCAGCAGCUCUUCAAAGCAAAAGGCAACUACGACGAGGGCUUCGGCCGCAAGCAGCACAAGGAGCUGUGGCAGUCCAAGGACGCCGAGAGCAUCACCAAAACGGCCUAACCUCAUCAUCCUCCCCCUCGCCCUCACCCUGCCAACCCCCUUUCACAAUACCCCUUCCCCAAAUCACCAGCCCUGCAAACAUCCAUGACACCUAUUCCCCGCAUACACACACACACACACACACACACACACACACACACACACACACACACACACACACACACACACCACUAUCCACCUGUGCCACAUACCCAGCGCAUGUGGGAACACACACACACACACGCACACAGAUACUUUACAUUCACAGAUGAUAAUUCAUGAGCUCUUUCACCCAAUAUCAAAUCAUUUUAGAAUUGCGGACCUGCCCACUCAUGAAAAGACUGUCCUGUCUAUCCUUUUAUCGUUAAAAUAACGAGUCUUUUGUACUGUUUUCGUUAUAUCUUUGUUUAUUUUUAAAUUUCAUAAUUCAUAUUUGUUCAAAUUUGGAUUUUAACAUGAGAAGAUUUUCCAUAGGUUGUUUGGUCGUUUGUUUGGUUGGUUGGAUGGGUGGGUGUGUGGUUGAUUUUGGUUUGUAGUCUGUAAACCUUUUGUUGGCUGUAGGAAUGGCUAGUUGACUGUGACCAAACUUGUUUCAAAAUGCGCUGGUUGUGUUGAGGUAUUGAUCCUGAUAUUAACGGUGAUGAUGAUGAUGAUCUGAAUCUUGAUGUUGUUCUAGUUUGUAGAGUAGUCCGGCGAGGCCGCUGUGGUUUGGGCCUCUCUGGCCUGAGACGUGUCAGAUUAGCUGCAGACUCAGGUGCACAGCUCGCUCUCUGAGGCUUCAGAGCAUUGGCUCAGGUAUUGAUACUUUACCGAAAGAUUCCUGUCAUUUUAACAAAACAAACACAAAAAAAAAAACAAGCUGAACGACAAUUGAUUACAUUUUUUUUUAAUCAUUUUAUUUUAGGUGGCUCGUAGCUUCUUUUUAAUGUUUUCUUUGAUUUUGGCAGAGCCAUUUUGUGACCGGUUUUGACGUAAGAAAUGCCUGUCAUUGCAUCAUUACUGCAGCCAUUUUGUUUUUUUUCUCUGGCAGGGUACUAGAGUAAUAUCUGUGAAACAAACAGGGUACAGUCUUCUGUAAAUAUCCGAACCCCACCCAUUUCUCUCUUUUCCUCUCUCUCUCGCUCUCUCUCUCUCUCUCUCACACUCACUCACUCUAUCUCUCUCUCUAUCACUCUCUCAAGCACAUCAGCUGGGUCAUGGCAUAAUUGGGCAGGCUGGUAGUGUAGUAGUUGUGGGGACAGCUGUGUUGUCAGAAUUGCAUAUGAACUCCGAUUUGUGCUCUGAUGCACAAAGAGAAGUGCCAUCGCUUUCAGUGAGAUCCUAAUCAGAAGCACUUGAGCAAGUCGACCUUAAAUGUGGCGUUGUCCUUAGACAUGUAGUCCGCUGUGAGAUGCGGGAUACUUAUUUCCUUUCUGUUUUGAUUGUACAUUUUUAAAUAAUUGUACUCAAUUGUUUGUAUUCUGUUCCGAUUGUCAUUGCAGUCCAGAUCAUUAUUUUGUCAUAUCAUACUUCUUGUUUUUUCCGGAACAUCUUUUGUUAUCCUUUCCGUAUUUGGUGUGAUGACCUCUGCUAUCAUAGAGGAUUACGCUCUAUAGGUUCGUCCACACUCUAGGUUGCCACAUCAUCAGGGUAACCAGACUUGUGCUGGUUUAAAAAAAACGAACAAAAGCCAACACUGGCACCCCAUUUUCACUGUACUACUAGUCAUGUGCCCUUUUGAGCAACGUUAACGGAUGUCUCCGGAAGUGCCCUAAAGUCAUAUCUCGUGCUUAACUUCUCCUGUAUGGGUUUGGUGGUUUUCUGUGUUGCUUUCAUUGCCGAGUUGAGCUACUUGAUAUGCUGUAUGCGAACAUAUAGAUGUAUGUGCAUGGUGGGUUGUUUGGAUGUCUAUUUUAAUUAUUAUUAUUUUUUUUAAAUUUUUUUUUUAAUAUAAUCUUUUUGAGUUUUGACAUUUGCACAAGAUACAUCUGCUCAUAAAGACCUUUUUUGUACAUUGGUGUAGCUUACACAUAGCGAAUGUACUGUACUGUACUGUACUUGUGUUAAUUGUGUGGGACCAAGCUUGUGUGACGAGGAAGACUUGAGAUUCACAGGGAAGCUUCUUGCAGGAAAUGGCAUUGCACGGUGUGACUUCACCUCAACCCCCCCCCAUCCACACACACACACACACACACACCACCCUCCCCCCCCCCCACACACACACACACCACCCUCCCCACUGUGCCACUUCCUGCCGUUAAGUGUUUUUCCUGUUUGCGCCCCUUCCCCCUCCAAAAAAAAAGUUUGAAAAGAGCAGUUUUCAGUACAAGGGAUUUCAUCCAUGUACUGCAUUAUUUGGAUCUCCAGCAGUCCGCUCAGGAAAUAGUAGGGCUUUGAGGUUGUGAUUGGAUGGUUGUCACGUCAUUUAUUUUUUCCCCCUCCUGUCUUUGAUGGAACAUUUGAGUUACAAAGAUGGCGGUGGUGUGCAUUGGCCUCUAGAUGGACAUUCCUCUUCCCACCCUUGUUACCCUUUGCUGUGAUCACUGAUGUCUAAUGUAGACGGAGGAUAUAUAGGAUAGACCCAGUUGUCCGCAUGGAAUGUUCCUUGCCCUGCCCGCACCAUUGGUCCCUCUGUGUGAGAAACAUGUCCUCACAUCCUAUGACGUGCCCUGCUGUUGUGUUUGUGUUUCGUUUUUUGCCACUUUGUGACCUCACUGAAUUGUCUUAUCAUCCCAAAAGUUCUCGUUUGUCAAUCCUUUGCCUCGCUUGACAUGACUUCUAUUCUUAUUUCCCGUCUGUAAUAAAGUCCCCCUUUAACAGUGCUGUGAGUUUGUUUGCCACCCCGUGUUGUGCUGUGCUGUGGAUGAGUGUGUCAAUGUGCGGGGUGGUGUGAAACGGAGGAAAUUUAGUCAGCAGUUGAUGGUCAGGGAAUCCACCCCUUAAACCACGGCCACAUUGCAUGCCUGCUUGUUUACUCUGCACCUGGAGUAAACACUACCUGCAAGUGUCUCGUACAAGCUUUUUCAAUGUACAAGGCUUUCGGAGCAGGAUUUGUGACUCGCGAGUUAUGACCAGAAACCUAUAAAGUACAGGGUACUUUCUAUGUCUGUGGUUGUGACUGGUUGUUCUGUGUUGUCCUCCAAUAUGAGGAGGCAGCUCCCCCUGGUGGACGGGGAAGGGGGCAAGCGUGUCUAAGAGCUUUAUGGAGUGAAAAAAAAAAUAACGUGUGCAGAUCAAGCGGCCUCAUUUCGGCCAAUGACGUCAUAUCUCUUAAACAUUACUCUAGUGCAACAGAUGUCCGUUUUCUUUGAUUUUCUUUCCUUAUAAAGUCAUGGAAGUGCUUUCGAAAGCCAUCAUUUUUUUGGACGUUAUAAAAUGGGCGAAGGAAAGACUUGAGCCACUUAGACAUUAAGACUAUUAUAGCCUUUUGUGAAAUGAAGAGACUACUGUGAAACUGAAAGCGCUGUGAGAAAACGCAAGUGGAGCUCCAGAAAGGCCUUAGAAUGAAACAAAAUUUCUCAUCCAUCAUUAGGUUCCUGGCAUGUGCAGCCAAGUCCAUAUUUAAGUAGCGAAUUAUUCCCCCCCCCCCCCCCCCCCCCCUAAUUCCUAAUGUAUUUAUUUUUACAAAAAACUGUCCCUGGUUAUUAGUGGGCAUGCUGUAGAUUUGGCCGUGGGUUGUGGGCCCACGUCCUUAUUUGUACACAAUCAGAUUAGCUUUGAAUCCCCCUGUUUCUGCUGUUUCAAUAAACGAUCACGUUUUUUCCUCAGUAAACCUGCAUAAAGUGCUGGGAUAGGCCCCGUCUGACUCUAGCGCAAGUCUCCAGACUGCACAAAUACAUUUUUGGCAUGCUUCGAUCAAAUGCGUUCACCCGAAUGGGCUACUUAUGUGUGUCUAUCUGAGUGAGUCCAACAAGGUCAAAUAUUGUGAAAAUUAAAUCAGAUGAUAAGAUUGCGUGAUGAUGUAGGCCUACUGUUCAACACGAAAUGUACAAUUUCACUGCAUAAACUUGACAUGUGAAAAUUGGUGGCCUUAAGGCGCUAGGAGUUUCUGUUCUCCCCUGUAGAAAACAAUGAUGAACGUGUGUCACUUGACUUGUCUUUUUUUGCCACAUUCUUCUGAGAUCACGUUUCCCUCUUUUUUAUUUUCAUUUUUUACACGCUUUUGGAGAAAAUGAAAGAAUAAAUAUGCUGGUGUUGACCUGUA